CUCUUACGUUUGUUUCCUUUAUCAACGGUUUCCCGCGAACAAAAUAGGUGAAACGUCUCAAAAUAGGGGUCUUACCAACUCACAGAUAAGUAAACUCCGAGAGAAUCAUGCCUGCACGUCGUGCUCAGAGGUGUGGCUGUGGUAGAGGAGUGUUUGGACUGAUAGACUGGACCACGCCCCUCAGACGCCCAGCUGCUCUCAAGAACUUUCAAGAUGCCCCGAUCUCUCCUGGAGUUACCUCCCCUCAAUCUGUCACCUCUCCUUUCUCUCCUUUCCCUAUUUCUCCAGGAAAUGCAGUUGGCUCUUGGGCAGAUGCUGUUGAGAGUCCGUCCACUCAAAAGUUUAACCAUGGAGACAAACUGUUGGUGAAAUUCAGCUACACAGCUAAUACAAACAGUCCCCUGGAUCAGGCCGAACUUAACGUUCGUCAACAAGAUAACGUAGAAUUCAUUUGUUUCCAUACUGACAAUAAACUUUGGUCGUGUGUUCGUGAUAACAAUGGGAAUGAAGGAUAUGUACCGACAGAUUAUCUAAUGGUCGUAGAGGAAAGCCUUAAUUCAUUGCCAUGGUUACCGAAGUCAGCUGAGGUCCAACAAGAAAAAGUUGAAUUCAAGCCGUACAAAUCAGCCUACCAGGCAAACAUGGCAAAAGAGACCUCAAAACAGCAAUACACAUGUGACGUGUGUUGCCGCGAGUUCAACGGACCAAUGCCUUACAAUGCCCACAUGAAAAGCAAAGCCCAUCUGGAAGAGGUCAUGCUCCUGGAGGAAAAUUCUUGAGGGCAGGGAAUCUUAGGGGUGGGCAUUUCGUCAGACGACAAAGGGAGACAAAUAUCAUCGAAAACUUAUGAUUGUUUAAAACUUUUGUGAGAAGACAUAGCUCUCGAAUGUAGACAUAUUUCAGAUGAGCGAGAGUAUUAAUAGACAAAUAUUUUAUCUUUGAAUCCUGUGCAUGGAGGAUUAAAAUCUUCCAUCAGUUUCCAGUUGAGUUCAUCAGGUAAGGGGGGCAACUCUCUUAAAAGAUCUAAGAGGAGACAACUCUGUUGAAAUAUUGAUAAAUAUUUGAAACAUCUGUAAAAUUUUUGUUUAUUUUCUCAGUAAUUUACUCUUCAAUGGUGUUGUUGAUGAUCGAUUUAGGUACAAAUAUUAAACGUGAGUGAUAUUAAUAUUUCAGGAUGACAGCCUGGUGUUUAAAUGAUGAUUGAUAUUAACAUUUCUUAAUGAAAACCUGGUGUUAAAAUGAUAAUUAUCAUAAUUAGACUUUGUUACUUAUCUGUUAUUAGUUUUCCAUAAGUUGUUUACUUUAAAUUCUUGUUUUGUUGUUUGUUUUGUUUACUGAGUCUGAAACAAACAUUCCAUGUUCUUUCAACCCCUUUCCUUACCAAAUAAUGACUACAUCUGACUAAAUAUAUUUGUAUAACAUAUAUAAAAAUCUUGUGUCCCAGGUAAAUACAGUGUAUAUAUAUUUAUGUGUUAACACAACAUUAUACAGAGAGACAUGAUGAUUGAUUACGACCUGUCUACACCUUUUACAGAUAGACAGGAAAAACAAAAGGCCAGAGAUAUAUAUUGCAGUUUAAGUAUUGAACAGGGUUAAAUUGAAAAUUAAAUUCUAAUUAGAUUCAAUUGUCAUAAUCCCUUCUUGUUCAUUUUUCAAUGUUACAGUUCAUUCCCACAAGAAAGUUAAAAUGUCAUUAAGCCAUACCAUUAUCUGGUCAGUGUUAAAAGUUUUCGACUAUCAUGAAAAAAAAAUUAAAUAGAUUCUGAAAUAUUUUUCAAAGAUAAUCAAGUAUAGAUCAGUUCUGAACGUUUGAUGAUUGUGUUUAAAUAUUGCACAUAUUCCUAGCACUUUUUAGCACCAAUAUGUAGAGGUAGCAUCUAAUUUUAUGUGUAGACUUAUAAUUUUAACUGAUGAUGCAGCUAAAACAUAAUAUAUUGUCAAAAAAUACAUAGCAGUUAGUUACAGUUAAAGGGAGGUAAUUCAGAGCUUUCAUUGACUGUUGAGAAUGAUUUUGACAACCAGAAGUAAAUAUUAAGUCUUGUAAGGAUAUACAUAUGUUUGUUUGAUGUAAAAUAACUGACCCUUCAAACUUGUCAUUUCUGAAAUCAUUGAAUGUAAACAUUUAACUGAAAGCUUUGUAAUUAUUCGACUCUUUAACGUUUGGCAGCAUUUUAUAUUUGAUACGGAAUGUUAAUUUACACUGGCUUUGAAAAUUAAAGUAUUAAUGAAUGUAAAUUUUGAUGUACAUGUAAUUUAAAGUGUUCUUGUUUAGGUUGUCUAUUACAAUAUUUAUCUGGCAAUAAGCUCAGUGGACAGGACUUAACCACUGACUGUCAGGGGAUACCGGGGCUGCAAUAAGCCCAGUGGACAGGACCUAACCACUGACUGUCAGGGGAUACCGGGGCUGCAAUAAGCUCAGUGGACAGGACUUAACCACUGACUGUCAGGGGAUACCGGGGCUGCAAUAAGCCCAGUGGACAGGACCUAACCACUGACUGUCAGGGGAUACCGGGGCUGCAAUAAGCCCAGUGGACAGGACCUAACCACUGACUGUCAGGGGAUACCGGAGCUGCAAUAAGCCCAGUGGACAGGACCUAACCACUGACUGUCAGGGGAUAUCGGGGCUGCUUCCAAAUCAGAAAAGCUUGUAUUUGUUGGUAAUUUUACUGAACAACAAAACAUUAUGUAUAUGGGUGGGCUUAUUACAAGACAUUGGCUUAUUAGUUAUAACAAGACAUUGACCUAUUUCAAGACAUUGACUUAGAAGUUAUUACAAGACAUGGGCCUUUAAUAUUAUAAGGACAGGCUUAUUACAAGUAUGGGCUUAUUACAAGACAUUGGCUUAUUACAAGUAUUGGCUUAUUACAAGUAUUGGCUUAUUACAAGUAUUGGCUUAUUACAAGUAUUGGCUUAUUACAUGGACAGGUUUAUAACUGGCUUAUUGCAAUGACCGAGCACAAGACAUGGGCUUAUUACAAGUAUAGGGUUAUUACAAGUAUAGGGUUAUUACAAGUACAGGGUUAUUACAAGUAUAUGGUUAUUACAAGGACAGGGUUAUUACAAGUAUAGGGUUAUUACAAGGACAGGCUUUUUGUCAGAUUAUUAUGAUUACGGUAUGAAUAUUACAAUCAUGAGGAACAAAGUGUAUAAGUUGAUGUUCAUGUUAGCAGUUAUAAAUCCAUUGUUACAUUCAACGUAUUGUUUUCAGUAUGACAAUAGUUUACAAUACAGUAUUUAGAUUCUUAGAGAGAGACUCUUUAGAUUCAAAUUUUAUAGUUUUAACCAAAGAGUACAAAAUGUAAAACAAGCAUCAUUUGAUUUGUAAGACGUCUCUUGUGUAGUUAUCAUAGCAAUGGUCAUAAUACUUCUUACAUACAUGAUUUAAAUCCUGUUUAACAUUUGCACAAAUGUAUUAAAUAACACUAUCACUUCAUGAUUAGGAUUUGUGGUUCAGAGGGUAUUUGUUUAAUGUCUUUGAGUUACAGUCAACAGAUUUCUUAAUGCGGUGUGGUUAAGGUUUUAUAAAUGCUUUUAAAGGUAGCAUGGAUCAAAUUUAUUUGCCUCUGAGGGUUGCAGGGUUUAAAUAUAGCGCUUUUCAUGGAUUUUAGGGUGAAAGAUUUAGUGCUUCACUGGUUUUGAAAUUCAAUAUAUAAAUGUGCUUCAAUCAGAGGGUGGCAGGAAUCAUCCAAUUACUGUGCUUCAAAUAUUUAUAGAGCUAAUAUUUACUUGUAUCAUCUGAGAUAUCAGAGAAAUAGCUUACAAACUAGUGUAUUUGAACGUUGAAAGCUGCAGAAAUCAGCAUAACGCUUGAUAGCCGAAUACAACUGUACAUGUACCUGUAGUCUGAGUCAUGUGAUCACUUAGAGGUGCGGUACCAUUUUUCAGUGAAUUUUAAUUUUCCGGUAAUAUUACUGUCACACCAUCCUCAGGUAGAGUGUGUUUCUUGUUAAAUGUUCGAUUAACAAUCGUUUCCUUUGUUAUUAUUUCCCAAUCCUUCCCUAAACUGUUCACCUGAACAAUAACUUUUUUAAGUAUCAUGACAGUAUUACAUUCUAGUUGUACUCGUAUAUAUAUUAUCUCAGCUUGCUUUGUACUAACUGUUGUUAUGUCUGUCGCUUCUGUAUAUUAAUUGUUGUUUGUUAUUUAAGACAAGGGAUGGUAGGUUUCAAUUCUAUUUUGCCAAAAAUCACUUAUUUUAGAGAUUAUUUCUGGAGAAAAGAGUGAAAAUACUUGUUUUCUCCAGAAUAAACAAUAUUUUUUGAGAAUUUGAUUUUUCAGUUUAACCAUAUCUACAGUACUCCCGGUACUAGUGAUUGUGGGACCAAAGUAAUGUCUCGUGUAUAUCCGAUUGUUUUGAACAAGAGAAAUCAUGACCAGUAUUUGUAAAUGUAGUUUUUGUUUUCAUUUUAGUUAUUUUAGUUUUUAUGAAUAAAAAAUAAGAAUUUUA